UGUGAUCAAUCAAAUAUUGCAAAGUCCUGGUAUUUACUACCGUUCAGAAUUGGACCAUAACGGAAUUUCUGUCUAUACCAGCACAAUAAUAUCAGAUUGGGGAGGAAGAUCGGAAUUAGAAAUUGAUAGAAAAGCAAGGAUAUGGGCCCGUGUAAGUAGGAAACAAAAAAUAUCUAUUCUAAUUCUAUCAUCAGCUAUGGGUUCGAAUCUAAGAGAAAUUCUAGAUAAUGUUUGUUACCCUGAAAUUUUCUUGUCUUUCCCGAAUGAUAAGGAGAAAAAAAAGAUUGGGUCAAAAGAAAAUGCUAUUUUGGAAUUUUAUCAACAAUUUGCUUGUGUAGGCGGGGAUCCGGUAUUUUCUGAGUCUUUAUGUAAAGAAUUACAAAAGAAAUUUUUUCAACAAAGAUGUGAAUUAGGAAGGAUUGGUCGACGAAAUAUGAACCGGAGACUGAAUCUUGAUAUACCUCAGAACAAUACAUUUUUAUUACCACGAGAUGUAUUGGCUGCUGCGGAUCAUUUGAUCGGAAUUAAAUUUGGAAUGGGUACACUUGACGAUAUGAAUCACUUGAAAAAUAAACGGAUUCGUUCUAUAGCGGAUCUGUUACAGGAUCAAUUCGGACUGGCUCUUGUUCGUUUAGAAAAUGCGGUUCGAGGAACUAUAUGUGGAGCAAUUCGGCAUAAAUUGAUACCGACUCCUCAAAAUUUGGUAACUUCAACUUCAUUAACAACCACUUAUGAAUCGUUUUUUGGCCUACAUCCUUUAUCUCAAGUUUUGGAUCGAACUAAUCCAUUGACACAAAUCGUUCAUGGGCGAAAAUUGAGUUAUUUGGGUCCUGGAGGAUUGACGGGGCGAACUGCUAGUUUUCGGAUACGAGAUAUUCAUCCUAGCCACUAUGGACGUAUUUGUCCAAUUGACACGUCCGAAGGAAUCAAUGUUGGACUUAUUGGAUCCUUAGCCAUUCAUGUGAGGAUUGGCCAUUGGGGAUCUAUAGAGAGUCCAUUUUAUGAAAUAUCUGAAAGAUCAAAAGAGGCACAGAUAGUUUAUUUAUCACCAAAUAGAGAUGAAUAUUAUAUGGUAGCAGCGGGAAAUUCUUUGGCCUUGAAUCGGGGUAUUCAGGAAGAACAGGUUGUUCCAGCCCGAUACCGUCAAGAGUUCCUGACUAUUGCAUGGGAACAGAUUCAUCUUAGAAGUAUUUUUCCCUUCCAAUAUUUUUCUAUUGGAGCUUCCCUCAUUCCUUUUAUCGAGCAUAAUGAUGCGAAUCGGGCUUUAAUGAGUUCUAAUAUGCAGCGCCAAGCAGUUCCGCUUUCUCAGUCCGAGAGGUGCAUUGUUGGAACUGGACUGGAACGCCAAACGGCUCUGGAUUCGGGGGUUUCCGCUAUAGCCGAACACGAGGGAAAGAUCAUUUAUACUGACCCUCACAAGAUCAUUUUAUCAAGUAAUGGGGACACUACUAUAAGUAUAAGUAUUCCAUUAGUUAUCUAUCAACGUUCCAACAAAAAUACUUGUAUGCAUCAAAAACCUCAGGUUCCGCGGGGUAAAUGCAUUAAAAAAGGACAAAUUUUAGCGGACGGUGCGGCUACAGUUGGGGGGGAACUUGCUUUAGGAAAAAACGUAUUAGUAGCUUAUAUGCCAUGGGAGGGUUACAAUUCUGAAGACGCAGUACUAAUUAGCGAACGUCUGGUAUAUGAAGAUAUUUAUACUUCUUUUCACAUCCGGAAAUAUGAAAUUCAGACUCAUGUGACAAGCCAAGGACCUGAAAGAAUCACUAAGGAAAUACCACAUCUAGAGGCUCAUUUACUCCGCAAUUUAGACAGAAAUGGAGUUGUGAUGCUGGGAUCUUGGGUAGAAACAGGUGAUAUUUUAGUAGGUAAAUUAACACCUCAGACAGCAAACGAAUCGUCGUAUGCUCCAGAGGAUAGAUUAUUACGAGCCAUACUUGGAAUUCAGGUAUCCACUGCAAAAGAAACUUCUCUAAAACUACCUAUAGGCGGAAGAGGUCGCGUUAUUGAUGUGAGAUGGAUCCGGAAAAAGGGGGGUUCCUGUUAUAAUUCAGAAAUGAUUCGUGUAUAUAUUUCACAGAAACGUGAAAUCAAAGUAGGUGAUAAAGUAGCUGGAAGACAUGGGAAUAAGGGUAUCAUUUCAAAAAUUUUGCCUAGACAAGAUAUGCCCUAUUUGCAAGAUGGAACACCUGUUGAUAUGGUCUUCAACCCAUUAGGAGUACCAUCACGAAUGAAUGUGGGACAGAUAUUUGAAUGCUCGCUCGGGUUAGCGGGGGAUCUGCUAAAGAGACAUUAUAGAAUAGCACCUUUUGAUGAGAGAUAUGAGCAAGAGGCUUCGAGAAAACUAGUGUUUUCCGAAUUAUAUGAAGCCAGUAAGCAAACAAAAAAUCCAUGGGUAUUUGAACCCGAAUAUCCGGGAAAAAGCAGAAUAUUUGAUGGAAGAACAGGAAAUCCUUUUGAACAACCUGUUCUAAUAGGAAAGUCCUAUAUUUUAAAAUUAAUUCAUCAAGUUGAUGAUAAAAUCCAUGGACGUUCUAGUGGACAUUACGCACUUGUUACACAACAACCCCUUAGAGGAAGGGCGAAGCAAGGGGGACAACGAGUAGGGGAAAUGGAAGUUUGGGCUCUAGAGGGAUUUGGUGUUGCUCAUAUUUUACAAGAGAUGCUUACUUAUAAAUCUGAUCAUAUUAGAGCUCGUCAAGAAGUACUUGGUGCUACGAUCAUUGGAGGAAGAGUAUCUAACCCAGAAGAUGCUCCAGAAUCUUUUCGAUUGCUCGUUCGAGAACUACGAUCUUUAGCUCUAGAACUGAAUCAUUUCCUUGUAUCUGAGAAGAACUUCCAGAUUAAUAGGAAGGAAGCUUGAUCUGAAUGAAUCAGAAUUUCUAUUCUAUGAUUGACCGGUAUAAACAUCAACAACUUCGAAUUGGACUAGUUUCUCCUCAACAAAUAAAGGCUUGGGCCAACAAAAUUUUACCUAAUGGAGAGAUAGUUGGAGAGGUGACAAAGCCCUAUACGUUUCAUUAUAAGACCAAUAAACCAGAAAAAGAUGGAUUGUUUUGUGAAAGAAUCUCUGGGCCCAUAAAAAGUGGAAUUUGUGCUUGUGGAAAUUAUCGAGUGAUUGGAGCUGAAAAAGAAGACCCGAAAUUUUGUGAACAAUGCGGGGUGGAAUUUGUUGAUUCUCGGAUACGAAGAUAUCAAAUGGGAUACAUCAAACUCGCAUGUCCAGUGACUCAUGUGUGGUAUUUGAAACGUCUUCCUAGUUAUAUCGCGAAUCUUUUAGAUAAACCCCUUAAGGAAUUAGAAGGCCUAGUAUACUGCGAUGUGUGAUUUGAUCAAAAUUUUCGUUUUACAGAUUCGGACUGAGAAACUGUCAUCCCAUUCAAUCCGAUUGGGGUGCCCCCGGCUCUGACAUGUGUUUUGGGAGAAGUAAAAGUAACACGAAACUCAGAAUUAUAGGUGUAUUCAAUACUUCCAAAUGCAAGGGGAAUUGAUCCAUGGUCGAUUCCGUAUAAAUAGGAAUUGCUAGUUAUACCUCGUGAAAAAACACUUUUUUGUGGAAUCAGCUAUUCCAUUUCUUUAUAGAGAGAUUCCGUUUAAGCAAGCAAAUAUAGUAUGGUUACAGAAGUCUAUCUAUCGCAUAUAUGCUUCAAGGGGCAUCAUGGGAUAACCAUCGAGGUGAGUAGGGACCUAAAGGAUCGAAUAGAACGAUAUAUAGACAAGUAAAUCCCUUACGAGUCCCAAAGUAUUCUUUUAAGGGGAUUCAUCAUUUGACGGGAAGUAGACUACUCAAAAAUCCUACAUUUUUAUUUUGUCAUAAGUAAUUCGGAAAAUGAAAGUAAAAAAAGAAGAAUGAAUCGUUGGUCCUUAGUGGGAACUUGAGUAAGGAGUAGUUCUUUGUUUGUAGGGUUUUUCGAACAAACUUUUUAAAUAAGAAAGAAUCCCCUUUUUGAGGUAACUACUUGAGCCGGAUGAAAGGAAACCUUCACGUCCGAUUUUAAAAGGGGGAAUCCAAUCCUACAGGAACCUAUCUCGAUUUUUCUCUUUGCUAGGCCCAUAGCGAAAAAACCUACUUUCUUACGAUUACGAGGUUUAUUCGAAUAUGAAAUCCAAUCUCGGAAAUACAGCAUACCACUUUUUUUUACUACCCAAGGCUUCGAGACAUUUCGAAAUCGAGAAAUCUCUACAGGAGCAGGUGCUAUCAGAGAACAAUUAGCCGAUUCAGAUUUGCGAAUUAUUACGGGUAAUUCAUUAGUAGAAUGGAAGGAAUUAGGGGAGGAGGGGUCCACUGGAAAUGAAUGGGAAGAUAGAAAAAUUAGAAGAAGAAAGGAUUUUUUGGUUAGACGCAUGGAAUUAGCUAAACAUUUUAUUCGAACAAAUGUAGAACCAGAAUGGAUGGUUUUGUGCUUAUUACCAGUUCUUCCUCCCGAGUUGAGACCAAUCAUUCAGAUAGAUGGGGGUAAACUAAUGAGUUCGGAUAUUAAUGAACUCUAUAGACGAGUUAUCUAUCGGAAUAAUACUCUUACCGAUCUAUUAGCAACAAGUAGAUCUACGCCAGGGGAAUUAGUAAUGUGUCAGGAGAAAUUGGUACAAGAGGCCGUGGAUACACUUCUUGAUAAUGGGAUCCGUGGACAACCAAUGAGGGAUGGUCAUAAUAAAGUUUACAAGUCAUUUUCAGAUGUAAUUGAAGGCAAAGAGGGAAGAUUUCGUGAGACUCUGCUUGGUAAACGUGUCGAUUAUUCGGGACGUUCCGUCAUUGUCGUGGGUCCUUCGCUUUCAUUACAUCAGUGUGGAUUACCUCGAGAAAUAGCAAUAGAGCUUUUCCAAACAUUUGUAAUUCGUGGUCUAAUCAGACAACAUGUUGCUUCUAACAUAGGAAUUGCUAAAAGUAAAAUUCGGGAAAAAGAACCCAUUGUAUGGGAAAUACUUCAAGAAGUUAUGCGGGGGCAUCCUGUAUUAUUGAAUAGAGCACCCACCCUGCACAGAUUAGGCAUACAGGCGUUCCAACCCUUUUUAGUGGAGGGACGCGCUAUUUGUUUACAUCCAUUAGUUUGUAAGGGUUUCAAUGCAGACUUUGAUGGGGAUCAAAUGGCUGUUCAUGUACCUUUAUCUUUGGAAGCUCAAGCGGAGGCUCGUUUACUUAUGUUUUCUCAUAUGAAUCUCUUGUCUCCAGCUAUUGGGGAUCCUAUUUCCGUACCAACUCAAGAUAUGCUUAUCGGACUCUAUUUAUUAACGAUCGGGAAUCGUCGAGGUAUUUGUGCAAA